AUGACUAAGUUGACAGAAGGUUCUAAAAAUAAUAUAGUGGGCUCGGAUAAAGAUGCAGUUAGAAAUGAAACUGCGAAAACUCCAAAGCCACCUUUAGAUACCAGAAUAGGCAGAGAUCCCCCCUUUAAGUUUGGCCAGAGGUACUUGACAGCCGAGACAGAUGUCUAUGAGCAUAAUGCAUGCGCGAAGUCCGAGGAUGAGGAUAAAGCAGAGAUGUUUGCUCCAUUUCGACUACUUAGAGAUAAAAUACGUUGCUGCGAGUUGAAGCUAGUACAGGACAAUGUGACGUUGGAUGAAGAGCAGAUCAGCGAGAUCAAGAAGAAAAUAGCGUUUCAGCACGAGCAUCCGGUGUCGGACUUCCAGAAGCAGCAGUUCAACUCAAAGCCAAAGAAAUACUGGGAUAUAUUUUAUAAAAACAACCAUGAGAACUUUUUCAAGGAUCGCAAGUGGAUACAGAUCGAAUUUCCAGGCAUAUAUGCCGCAAUGAAGCCGGAUGCUGGCCCAAAAACAAUUUUGGAGAUCGGAUGUGGUCCUGGCAACACACUUUUUCCGGUGGUAACCAAAAAUGAGAAUCCAGACCUCAGGAUGUUCGGAUGUGACUUUUCGCCCGUUGCGAUUGACUUAGUAAAGAAAAACGAGAGUUAUGAACCACUUCACAAGUCCAACAACUGUUUUGCGAGUGUGUGGGACUUGGCAAAUGAAGAAUGUGCCCUCCCUGAGGGAAUUGAACCUCAUAGUGUGGAUAUUGCAGUGAUGAUAUUUGUGUUUUCGGCACUCCAUCCCGACCAGUGGAAGUUUGCGAUUGAAAACUUGAAAAAGUUGAUGAAACCAGGCGGAAAGGUGUACUUCCGAGAUUACGGACGGUACGAUCUCGCACAAGUACGGUUCAAAAAAGAUAGAUUGUUGCAAGACAACUUCUACAUCCGGGGAGAUGGAACUAGAGUGUAUUUCUUCACGGAGGAUGAGGCUUAUGAUAUCUUUGUGAAUGGAUGCGGAUUCAAAAAGGAGAAGAUUGCCACAGACAGGAGGCUGAUUGUGAAUAGGAAAAGACAGUUGAAGAUGUACAGAAGUUGGCUUCAGGCUGUGUUCAAUGCGUAA